AUCAUGUCUACAGACGGGGAGCGGACAAGCAGGAUUCGACUUCAUGGCGGCAAAGAUAAUUCACUCAUUCCACAAUCCCCAAACGGCGGAAGAAAAGGCUUCCACAGAAUAUUUUUAAAAUGACCACACCAAACAAGACACCUCCUGGUGCUGACCCUAAGCAGUUGGAAAGGACUGGAACAGUACGGGAAAUUGGGUCACAAGCUGUUUGGUCACUCUCAUCUUGCAAACCAGGAUUUGGAGUGGAUCAAUUACGAGAUGACAAUCUAGAAACUUAUUGGCAGUCAGAUGGCUCCCAGCCUCAUUUAGUGAACAUCCAAUUCAGAAGAAAAACAACAGUGAAGACAUUAUGCAUUUAUGCGGACUACAAAUCUGAUGAAAGCUAUACUCCAAGCAAGAUCUCAGUCAGAGUAGGAAAUAAUUUUCACAAUCUUCAGGAAAUUCGGCAACUUGAAUUGGUGGAACCAAGUGGCUGGAUUCACGUUCCUUUAACUGAUAAUCAUAAGAAGCCAACUCGCACAUUCAUGAUACAGAUUGCUGUUCUAGCCAAUCAUCAGAAUGGAAGAGAUACCCACAUGAGACAAAUUAAAAUAUACACACCUGUGGAAGAGAGCUCCAUUGGUAAAUUUCCUAGAUGUACAACUAUUGAUUUCAUGAUGUAUCGCUCAAUAAGGUGACCUUGAAAUAGAACAAAAGUCAUUAAACAUAUCUUUAUCUUGUCAGUAAAUAUUAAAUCUGGUAUCUUUAUUGAAAAAUGCAUCAAUUAUUUUGCAAUUUUUUAUGCAUUGAAAAGUAUUUUAUUGUAACUUUAAUAAAUA